AUGGCAAUCUAUGCUUUGGCCAAGUCGCUUGUUUUAUAUAAUCUCACUGUGUUAGUAGCCACAGCUCAUGGCUCACCAAAUGAUGAGUGUGACUGCUAUCUCACUAAUGGCACCAACUCUGCAUAUUACUCACGACACAGUUUCUAUGGCUACCGAAACCUUGGGGACUAUACGGGAGUUCCCAGUCCUAUCCAAAAUGCAUCCAGAAAAGCAGGUGUAACAAGCGACUAUUUCAACAGCGAUACUUGGGAUGACAGCUGGAGCAUUCAAGACUGGAGCAACCGUGGGAAAGGCGUCAGUCUCUCAGGCGAUGCAACUGUCCUAACGAUCAACUCUCCCAUCAACAUCUGCAUUGAAAAGAAUGACGACAAAGACGUGGCCUCGGAUACGUUCCUCACUAUGCGAACCAUGCGGCUGCCCGGUUUCCAGAGCGCUGCAGAGUUCGACUCUGUGUCGACAUAUUACUACGUCUCAGUACGGAUGCUCGCUCGUGUCACCGGCAGCGCGGGUGCAUGCAUGGCUGUCUUCACGUACCUUGGGGGUGAAGAGCUAGCAGAUGUACAAGAAGCUGAUAUCGAGAUCAUGACCCGCGAUCCCAAGAACCGGGUCCAGUACACAAAUCAGCCUUCGUUCACGGAGGAUGGCGAUGGGUAA